GCCUCCCUCGGGGGCUGGACACCAGUCAAGACAACCCGGGAGGAGCGAGAAAUCUUUCUGAAACGCCUUCAGCGCACUCUGCGAGAGCGCGGUCUCAGUCUGCGCCAUCAUCACGCGGAGGUCUAUCAGAAGCUGGAGCAUUUUGUGGAGACUGGGGAGCCCUUCAAGGAGGUUGAGCUGAGCUUUCAUGACUAUAUUGCGGACCAGGAGGUGGUGUGCGUAAUAGGCCCGAUGAAGGAGGCCGUCCUCCAGGUGACUGAUGCAGUAAGGCAGCGCGCAAAGAAAAAGCCCACGGCGGAAAUUGCUCAAAUGGACUAUGAUCACGUUCAUGUUGAAGUGCUCUCCUAUGAGUUUUGGAUUUGGUAA